GCUGCGGGGAGCCGGGGCUGGCACCGCGGCCCCUUUAUCCGGAGCGGAGCCGCCCGGCCGCCUCCCUCGGCCGGCCCCGCCAUGGUGGUGCUGACGGGCCGGGAGGCCGGAGGCGGGCAGGCCCCGGAGGAGCCCUACCUGAGGAUUGAAGACUGCCUGCCUCCUCUGGGGAGCUCCCCAUCCAAGAGGGUCUCCCCCUCCAAACGGAAGCAGUACUACAUCAACCAGGCCAUCCGCAACUCCGACCUCAUCCCCAAGGCCAAGGGGCGCAAGAGCCUUCAGAGGCUGGAGAACACUCGGUACCUGAUGACCCUGCUGGAGCGGGACGAAUGUGGGAAUGACGAUGGGGAACUCACGCACUCUGCUGCCCCAAGCAUCUUCACGGAGGCCUGCAACAACGAGACAUACAUGGAGAUCUGGAACGACUUCAUGAACCGGUCUGGUGAGGAACAGGAGAGGGUCCUGCUCUACCUAGAGGAAGAGGCCAAGAAGAAGCACAAGAGGAAGCUCCCUGUUAAAGCGGAGGACAAGUGGAAAGAGCAUCCUGCUUACACGCCGAAAGAAUGUUUCCAGCGCAUCAGCCGCCGGCUUCGCACCACGCUGAGACGAGGCAGGAUCCCUAUGGUGAGACCCUGCCACGCCAUUGGUCAGGGGACCCUGGAGUGUCUGGAGGAGGAGUUACUGGCCUUUUUCUCCGUCACCCCUCACUCUGUCUACACAGCAAUGAUGGACAAUAGCUUUGAGCGGCUGCUGCUCCACGCUCUCUGCCAGUACAUGGACCUCGUCUCUGCCAGUUCUGACUUUGAAGGGAAACGCCAAAUGAAAGUGAGCAACAAACACAGAGACUUCCUGCCCCCGGAAUUACUGCUGUCCGCCUACUUGGAGCAGAUGAGCUGAUAGGUCUGGAAGACGUCCCACUCAGUGCUCUGACGGCUUCUACGAUCCCCAUAUCUGCUCUCCAUCCACUCAGUCCUCGGCGCACAAACGGGGUGUGUCCCCACCCUCUGACGAGUCUCUGCACUUGUGCAAUGUCCUAACUGGCGGGUGGGUUUGUGUGGAGCCAGUUAGAUCGCUGUUCCCUGCUUCGAGAGAGGAAGUCUUCCCUUGCCCGUCACUGAAGCCCUGCAGGCAUCUCCCGCAGCUGCCACUCUCUUCCUGUCUGGCAAAGCUGGUGUGACUUCCAGCUUCCUCCCCACCCCCGGGGUGCUCCUGGUUCCACCCAAGGCUUCUCCAUACUGCUCCCGGGACCCAGUGGAGGGCACCAUCUCUGCUCCUCGCAGGGGGGCCUGGCAGAGGCCUGCAAGCACCCCCCAGGCAGACCACUCUGUCGGGGGUGGAACCACCUGUUGGACAGCCCAAAACGUCAACCUUCAUCAUGCUCAGGUGUCCAACCCCCACUCAAGGACUGAGGACUCUGCCUCUCUUGAAGCUGGGAGGCUGAGGCCUUUGCUCUGGAUGGGCAGCGUCCUACUGGUUGGAGCAGGUGAGGGGGGUAGGAGCUGACUCCAGGGGUCUCCCCUGCUGCCUGUAGGCUGCUGGGAGGUUAGGAAGUGUCCAUCGACACUGUCAAAUGCAUAUCAGCUGUUGCUGCGACACUGGUCCCUCUUGUCGCGUAGAUGGGAUCUUGAUUGUCUCUCUCCUGCCCCCCAAGCCAUGUUCCGGAUUCAGAAUCCAGCCAGGUUCGGGGCGAUGCUGAAAGUCCUGUUCGCAUAAAAUGGAAUCGUGCUUUUAACCGUGCUGGGGGAACAAGGUCGCUCUUGAAUAGUGAAGAUGGGGCCCUUCAUCUCAGCUCCUUCAGGCCACAUCCUCCCCUCAUUUCUCUGACUCACUGGCCUCUUAGCUUGGCAGGGGGGUUCCAGGACCUGCUGCUGCUGCCAGAUAUGACCAGCCUGCCUAGCCCUGCCUUGGGCGUGGCGCUAUCUCCUGGCAGUAGCUGCGCUCCCUGGAAGCGUGGUUGUCUACACGCCAGCUCAUUUAAACACAACCAACCAACCUGUCCCUGGGGGACUCUGGCUUCCCCCGGGGGGGAGUUUGGAGCAGUAUUUUUGUGACAAAACAGUUCCCUUUCGGCCUUAGCAUUUCAGCUGCUCUGACCUGGCCAUUGAGCAUCUGAAUUGGUCUCAUUCCCCAGCUCAGCAAACACUUCAGCAGGUGCCUAAAGCUUAAGCAUGGGCCGAAGUGCUUUGCUGAAUGUCCAGCAGCUGCCUGGAGCAGAUCACUUGUAAGUUGCAUUUCACAAACCAGGGAGGCAGGGGACUUCCCACAGACUGCAACAGCCUUGCAGGGUCGGGGGUGGGCACUGCUUUGGCUGGUGUCUAACCCUGUUUCCACUCGCUACCCACCACAGAGUUAGCGCUUUAAACCAUCGCAGGCUCAGCCCCGCAGACAAUCCAGUGGCGUACAGGGGGCGGAGAUCCCCCCCGCAAUGCACACAUUAGCACUUGCCUAGCUUCCUCUCUGGAAGGCAGAGGAGUGAAAUAGCCGUGUGAAAAGCUCGACGUGUCCAGGCAGGACUCAGUGCCCCCCUCCCCUCCCCUGCUGGCUGCUUGGUUUUGGACUAGGGAGAGCGACCUCUUUGCUCCGACAGAAGCUCAGAGGAGAAGCUGUCCAGGGAGCCAGCCCCGAGUGGGAGUAACCAGCCCGUAAUUUAGUGGCUCUGUGUAGAUUGGCAUUGAGCAAGCGGCCCCCUGAAGCCGGAUCGCUAUUGUUUAAGCUCUGGGACAGUUACCAGUGAGACCUUUAACACAAAGCUCUGGCUGUCUCUGCAGGGCGGGGGCCUUUUCUAAGGAUAGUGGGUCAUUUAUCCAGGUUUGGGUUUGUGAUUGUGGAAUCGAAGCCAGGCCCCCGGCAGUCCUGCUGCUCGCAAGCGGGGCUGGGUGGUCAGAGCUGAACGUCAGGGCUUGGGCCAC